AUGACAUCGGAAAGUAAUAGAAAAGAUCCGGCGUGGCAAUAUGCCCAUUUGGUGGAGGAGAAUAAUUUAAACAAGUUUGAGUGUAAUUUUUGUGGUAAAGUAUCAAAUGGAGGUGUUUAUCACCUUGCGGGAGGUUAUAGGAAUAUCAAUGCUUGCCCGAAGUGUCAUUCUCAUGUAAGAGAAGAGAUUAGAGAGUUCAUGUCCAAAAAAAAGACACAAAAAGAAGAAAUGAACAUGUUGCCUGAUUUCGAUGACAUGGACAUGGAAGAUGAAGAUGAAGAUGAUGAUGUCGUUGAGAUCAAUGUCAAUCAACACCGCAAGUUGACAAGUAGUAGCCAAGCUGAUUGGUGGGCAUCAUAUGGUUCUUAUACUCCAAACUUGCAAACUUUUGCCAUAAAAGUCCUUAGCUUAACAUGUAGUUCAUCGGGUUGUGAACGAAAUUGGAGUGUAUUCGAACAUGUUCAUAGCAAGAAAAGAAAUAGAUUGGAACAACGUCUCAAUGAUUUAGUGUUUGUCAAAUACAAUAGAACAUUGAGAUUUAGGUAUGACAUGCGCAACACUCUUGAUCCCAUAUCUUUGCAAAAUAUUGAUGAAAGCAAUGAGUGGUUGCUUGGGAGGAUGGAUGGAGAAUCAGAUGAAGAUAAUGAGCCUGUGUUUGAUGAUGAUGAUGGCUUGACGUGGGCUACUGUUGCUAGAGCUUCUGGAGUAGAAGAAAGUAGCCAUGCAAGUAGAGCAACAAGUUCACGCUCAAAGGCACAACCGAGGAUAUCUAAAUCAUCAACAUUGACUCCACUUCAAUUAAUAGAUGAAGAGGAAGCGGGCUCAGAUGACACAGAGGAGGAAGAUGUUGAGGGAUACAAAUCAACUGAUGGAGAAGAAGAUGAUAGUUUGCUUGCCAUUGAUGUUGAGGAUGAUGAUUGACUGACACCGACCUAACCUACCCUUUCUUUUGAUAUUGAUGUUUUUAAGUGUUAAGACAUAUAUUAGUAUUUGUUGGAUAUUUAUGUUUUAGAUGUUUAGUGUUUAUGUUUUUAUUUUAUUGAAUGUGGAUUAUUUGAUCUUUGAAAAUUGAAAUGUUAUGUAAU